CUCACGGACUCCUGCUUCCCCCCAGACGCCCGGAGCCCGAGGACUCACCCGGCGGCGGAGACCUGAGUGGGCUCCCUCUGCCCCCGCGAAGCCUGCACGGCCGCCGGUGAAUCAAAAAGGGUCCCAGGAAACCUGUGAAUGUUGAAGAAAAUUCGUCUGUGAAUUUUUGGUAUUCAAGGAGGAGUCAGUAUUUAUAUUCAUCUUUUAAACUGGGAAGAUUUAUAUUUUAUUUUAAAACUUCUUGAUAUUUACAAUGAAUGGACACAGUGAUGAAGAAAGUGUUAGAAACAGUAGUGGAGAAUCAAGCCAAUGAGAAACAUCACAGCUCAACCAACGAAACACGUCGCAGCUCAACCAUCGAGAAACGCUGCAGCUCAGCCACCGAGAAACACCGCAGCUCAGCCACCGAGAAACGCCGCAGCUCAGCCAUCGAGAAACGCUGCAGCUCAGCCAACCAGAAACGUGGCAGCUCAGCCAUCGAGAAACGCCGCAGCUCAGCCAACCAGAAACGUGGCAGCUCAGCCAUCGAGAAACGCCGCAGCUCAGCCAUCGAGAAACGCCGCAGCUCAGCCAGUGAGAAACGCCGCAGCUCAGCCAGUGAGAAACGCCGCAGCUCAGCCAUCGAGAAACGCCGCAGCUCAGCCAUCGAGAAACGCCGCAGCUCAGCCAGUGAGAAGCCUUUGCUGCCUUGACCUUUACUUUCUCCCAAUGGAUUUUCCUUUAGAACAGCCCCUCCUUACUCCUGCUCUUCUCUAUAAAAGCAGCUCCCCUCCUUUCUUUUCUGGAUUUGCCUGUGGUUUGCCAUAGCAUGUAUAUCCUGAAU